GUAAAUCAGCCCCUUUGUGUUGAGACACUUCUAUGUAGAUGAUGGACUUGCAUCUGCCAGCACCCCGGAGAUAGCGAUUGACAUUCUGAACAAUGCAAAACAGAUGCUGGCAGAGUCUAAUCUGAGACUUCAUAAAAUUGCAUCAAAUAGCACACAGGUCAUGAACGCCUUUCCUGCUAAUGAUAGAGCUAAAGACCUCAAGGACCUUUGCCUGGGUACAGACACCCUGCCCCUUCAGAAAAGUUUGGGACUGAGCUGGGACCUAGAAAGAGACUCUUUUGUCUUUCAGGUAUCUUCCGAAGAAAAACCUUUCACUAGAAGAGGAGUCCUGUCUACAGUGAACAGCCUCUACGAUCCUCUUGGGUUUGUAGCACCUGUAACUAUAAAGGGUAAGGCACUAGUUCGUGAACUGUCAUCUAAAAAAUGUGAUUGGGAUGCAUUACUCCCACAAGAAAAACUACAUGAGUGGCUUCUAUGGAAGGAAUCCUUGCAAGCUUUGGAACACAUAGAGAUACCCCGGUGUUAUGUGUCUACUCCCCUGUCAGCAGUAAGUAGAAAAGAACUGUAUGUAUUUUCAGAUGCAUCCAACACAGCGAUAGGUGCUGUAGCCUACUUGAAAACAAUUGAUGUUUGCAAUAAAUGUUCAGUUGGAUUUGUUAUGGGAAAGUCUAAGUUAAGCCCCAAACCAGCACACACAAUUCCACGUCUGGAACUAUGUGCGGCUGUUCUAGCAGUAGAGUUGUACGAGCUCAUCAGAGAUGAAAUAGACAAAGACUUAGAUGCUGUGCGAUUCUUUACAGAUAGCAAAACUGUACUAGGUUAUAUCUGCAACACCUCCAGAAGGUUUUUCUUGUAUGUUGCCAACCGAGUGAAUAGAAUCAGGCAAGUAACCCAUCCUGAUCAGUGGGCUUAUGUGCCAACAGAACAAAAUCCUGCAGACUAUGCUUCAAGGCCUACAAAAACUAUUUAUCUGCAGAAUUCUAUAUGGUUCUCAGGCCCUCCAUUUCUCUACCACACAGACAGAGAGGAGUUAGGCAAUUCAGCAGAAAAUUACCCACUUAUAGAGCCUGAAGCUGAUCCUGAAAUUAAACCUACAGUUGCAAUGCUCCUGACUCAGAAAGUGAACUCUUUGUCAGCCCCUUUUGGUAAAUUUGAAACAACAGGACUUCAUGUAAAACAAUGGAAGCAAGUUCAAAAUCUGGCUGAUACUUUCUGGAAGAGAUGGAAAAGAGAGUACUUGUCUAACUUGCAAAGCCGCAGAAAGUGGACCCAAAAUCGCCCAAACAUCCAAGUGGGUGAUGUCGUGUUAGUGAAAGACAGUCAAGAAAGCAGGAAUGAAUGGCCUGUGGGACUCAUCAUCAACACUCUGCCAAGUAGAGAUGGCAGAGUUAGGAAAGUGGAAGUAAAGAUUGUCAAACAAGGGACUGCUAAAACGUAUACAAGGCCAAUUUCGGACAUUGUUGUUCUUGUUUCUGAUAAUACUUGAAUUGUGUUCUGCAUAGCAGUAAGUUAUAUAGUGGCACAUUGAAAUAUGCCAGGCAGGGAGUGUGCUGUUUAUAUCUUAUCUGAUGCCAUUUAAUGUUAGAAUUGUAUGCAUUAAUAUUAGUUCAGCUGUUAUGUGCUGCCACCUAGUGACCCCCUUUGGGAUAGUUGUCCUUAUGUUAAUUAUACACAUCAUUCAAGGUUAAACCUCCCCCCUAAAGUUCACAGGAAGUGGAAGAGCAUCCAUCUUGAGCACACACAGACAACUCACAAGAAGAGGGACAGACCCUAGGAUCCUUCACCCUUACACAGGCCCUGGUUACAUAACCGUCUUUUUACAAAAUAAACUCUUCAUAAGGAUAAAGCAUUCAAGUUAUUCAACUCACAGAGCAGUCUGAGUAUUCUUUGCUGAGUCUUAUGUGGAGUGUGUUAAGCUGGCUGGUUAACCUAUAUUACGCAAGGCACAGUAUAGUGUGGAAACAGUACAG